GUAUCUUGAGUUUUCAUCAUGUGGCUCCUCCUGCUGGUAGCUUUGGGUUUAAUCUUUCUGUACAGAUGGUACAAGUACAGUCUGAUCCUGGACAAUCUCACAGAUAAAUAUGUUUUCAUCACUGGAUGUGAUUCAGGAUUUGGAAAACUGUUGGCUAAACAACUGGACAAACGUGGACUCAAGGUUCUGGCUGCUUGUUUGACAGAGAUGGGAGCUGAAAAUCUGAAGAAGGAGGCUUCCAGCAGGCUGCAGACAACAAUACUCAAUGUAACGAACACUGAAAGUGUGAGCUCUGCUGCCAAGUGGGUUAAUGAUAUCGUCUCUGAUCAAGGCCUAUGGGGCUUGGUGAAUAAUGCAGGCGUUUCUGUACCGACUGCUCCUAAUGAAUGGCUAACUAAAGAUGACUUCAAGAAAAUUCUGGAUGUGAACCUCUUAGGGGUGAUCGAUGUCACAUUGAAUAUGCUGCCUUUGAUCCGAAGAGCCCACGGACGGGUUGUUAAUGUGUCCAGCAUUGCUGGGAGAGUGGUUAUCUGCGGAGGAGGAUACUGCCUUUCUAAAUAUGGAGUGGAAUCUUUUUCAGACAGUCUAAGGCGUGAGAUGAUCCCCUUUGGUGUGAAGGUCAGCAUUAUAGAGCCAGGCUACUUCAGAACUGGUAUGUGUGAUCCUAACCAUUUUUUGGAAAAUGUAAAGAGAUGCUGGGAGAAGUCACCAGAUGAAGUUCGGAAGACGUAUGGGCAGGCUUUCUUUGAAAGAUAUUACCAGGGAGUGGCUAAAGGCCUUUCAAUGACCAAUAAGAAUCUUAAUAUGGUAACAGAGUGUAUGGAGCACGCUCUUACAGCUGUCUACCCAAAGACGCGAUAUUCUGCUGGCUGGGACGCCAAACUUUUCUUCCUGCCUCUUUCCUACUGCCCAGCUGUGGUAGUGGAUUUCCUCCUCAUAAGAAGACCAAUAUAGGAUAAGAGCACACACAACGACAAAUAGU